AAAACUUCCUCUUUGAAAAGUUUCUUCUUUUUUCAUGGGCUCUCUCUCGAAACUUCACGUUGUUCUUAUCCCAGUUCCAGCACAGGGACAUGUCGUUCCAAUCAUCUAUCUCGCCCGGAAGCUCGCGCUCCUCGGAGUCACUGUGACCAUCAUCAACGUUGAUAGCAUCCACGAAACCUUGCAGCAAUCCUGGAAGAGAGAGGACAAUCCUGUGAGUAAUGGCCACAACAUUCGCCUCGAGUCCAUCUCUAUGGACUUGCGAGUUCCCAAUGGCUUCGACGAGAAGAACUUCGACGCGCAGGCCGCCUUCUGCGAGGCCAUCUUCCGAAUGGAGGAUCCACUCGCGGAGCUCUUGUCCCGGAUCGAUCGAGACGGCCCCAGAGUCGCGUGUGUCGUCUCGGACUUUUACCAUCUCAGUGCUCCACACGCUGCAAAGAAGGCUGGAUUGGCUGGAGCGAGCUUUUGGCCGGGAAACGCUGCUUGGGCUGCCAUCGAAUUCCACGUUCCAAAGCUCCUGGAGAUGGGAGACGUUCCUGUCAAAGCGGGAGAUGAAAAGCUGAUUUCUUACAUCCCUGGAAUGGAGCUAAGAUCGCAAGACAUUCCACUCUUCAUGCACGACGGAGAAUUCGAGAAGAACGGGGAAGAACAAUCACUGUAUCGCUCCAAGAGGAUCGCACUGGAUUCUUGGUUUCUGAUAAACUCUGUCCACGACAUCGAGCCGCGAAUUUUCGAAGCGAUGAGGGAAGGAUUCGGGGAGAAUUUCGUGCCGGUUGGACCAUUGUUUCCUCUCAAGGGAGAGGCGAUCGAUUCGACUGGAUUGCAAGAGGUAAACCUGAGAACUCCGGAUGAAUCUUGUCUUCCAUGGCUAGACAAGCGUGAUCGUGGUUCGGUCCUCUAUGUUUCGUUUGGAAGCAUCUCCUUCAUGACUGCCAAGCAAUUCGAGGAGAUCGCGCUGGGAUUGGAGGCAAGCAAGGUUUCUUUCCUCUGGGUGAUACGAUCAAACUCUGUUCUUGGCAUGGACGAGGAGUUCUACAAAGGUUUCGUGAGCAGGACUGGCGGGAGAGGAUUGUUCGUGAGAUGGGCGCCGCAGCUAGAGAUCUUGCAGCACGAAGCAACAGGGGCUUUUCUCACUCACUGCGGAUGGAACUCCAUGCUUGAGAGCUUGGCGUGUGGAGUGCCAAUGCUGGGGUGGCCAUCUAUGUUUGAGCAAAACACGAAUGCCAAGCUGGUGCUGGAAGGCGAGGGCGUGGGAGUGGCAUUCUCGAGAUCUGGAGGGAAGGAUGGAUUUGCGCCGAGAGAAGAGGUGGAAGAGAAAGUGAGGGCGAUCAUGGAGGGAGAGCAAGGCAGGAGAUUGAAAGCCAGGGCGAUGGAGAUUCGAGAAUUGGCUGUCAAGGCUGCUUCUCCCGGAGGUUCUUCUCACACGAACCUCAAGAAAUUCGUGGAGAGCCUUGCCUCGUAAAGAAGAUCUUCGCGGGGAUACCGAUCAAAAACGCUGUCGCGGCAACGAUCAUGAUCGUCGCCUAUGGCCAAGAGGGCGACGGGGAUUCCGCUAAGCAGGUGUUUGAUCGUGCCUUGCCCAGAAUCUCCUUUGCUGGAACGCGAUGCUCACAGCAUAUGCGCAGAACGUGCAUUUGCAUUAAUUGAAGCUUCUCUUUGAUACCAUGCCCGAGAAAGAUGUGAUCUCUUGGACCGCAAUGCUACAAAAACAAUACCUAGUUUGAUAGAUGCCGAGAAUGUUUUUGCAACUAAAUGGAAUUUAGCAACCUGGACUGCUAUGGGUCAUGUAAA